GCACUUGCAACCUGCACCUGAAUCUGUUGGUUUGUCGAUGUCUUCGUUGAGCGGGUUGGUUGCACCUUCGACGAGAAGCUCAGUCGCUGGAAACGCGAAGAACUCGCUUUCUAUUUCGAAACCAUCGCCCCCAUUCAUGGUGGACCUAUCGAGCGUGUGUGAUGCGUCGUCACUCAACCCAACUACCCGUGUGGCACUGUCAUUCGAGUAUGCAUCCCUUCGGUAUAAUAAGCAUUGCCCCUCUGGUAUGUACAUUACACCUACACCGGACAGUGUCCUCGUGUGGGACGGUGUUCUGUUUGUGCACAAAGGAUACUAUGCAGGGUCCGUCCUCAAGUUCACGAUAACAUUUCCGGAUAAGUAUCCAGACAUGCCGCCUACCGUGCGAUUCCUUACCGACGUGUUCCAUCCGCUGGUGGAGACCCAGACAGGAUUGUUAAACUUGAUGACCCGUUUUCGUCCGUGGAGACCAACGGAGCACCGAGUACAUGAUAUUUUGCAUUUCACGAAAGCUUUGUUCAAGGUUACAGUCCUGGAUCACAUCAACGAACUCGAUGUUGUCAACAAAGAAGCAUUCAAAUAUCAAGAGAACAGGACGUCGUUCGCUGCGCUUGCUCGACAAUCCGCUCAGUUUUCGCGAUCGCCGAGCGCGCUAUAUGACGCUCCGAGUUUUAAGAAGGGAUAUUCACUCCAUUUCACGCCUGUAUCGCAGGGGCAGGUCAAUGAAGUCCUGAAGACACUUCUCAUCCAACGACCUCCACACGAAGCUACGGUUGCACGUGACAAGGAGAAUGGCAAUGCUUAACGUCUGUA